AUGGCAAAUCCGAGCAAUGGAGAAGAUGUUAAGGAAGUGGCCGAAAAGCUGAAGACCACCUCGGUCGGGGAGGAAGAAAAGAAUAAGCCAGCUGCUACUGGAGGCACUCAGACAAAGAGUCGAAACAACUCGCAAUCGCACAACAAGAAUCGACAACGACGUCGCACUUCGGGAGCCGCUGAAGAGACUGCGCGCGAGGGAGGUGGCGGCGAAAAGAAGAACAACAACAAGAAUCGACAGAAUUCGAAUCGCCGCGAUUCUCAAUCAGUUUCGCAGACUCGUCAAAGCAAAAGUUCCGAAGGGGACAAACGCCGAACUCGCUCCACUAACUCAAACAAUGCUGGUGGAAGCACUGGUGGCGGCGGCGGCGGUGGCAACAAGUCAAGGCAAUCAAAAGCAUCAACUCGCACAAUGUCUCAAAACAGCAAUGGAGAUGGAUAUUACUGUAGUGAUGCAUAUGACGAUCUUGAGGAGCCCUUCUCCGACACCGAUGAUGAGACGGUGCGUCGACGACAACCUGAGAAGCCCAACUUGUUCAUUCCACGCGGUCGUAUUCGAACUCUUUCUGGGACGGUACCAGUAACUGGUUACUCGCCCAAAUGGGGUGGACCUACAAUGUGUCUUUCUUGCCUUCAAUUCUUUGAUCUGCCCGAUCAAGUGGAGAACUUUACCGAGCACCUUCUAAAGGAGCACAAAAUUGUGGUGCAAGAAAUGAAUUUGAUUGUCGAUCCGAAGCGUUACAUUGAGCAUUGGCGUCAGCGUUUCGCAAAAGAGAGUGUCGAUAAAAUCUUUCCACGCAUUGAACCUGGUGAGAAGGAUCCCUAUCAUGGUACUACUGAUUAUUACUAUGAAAUGUCGGAGAAACUUCCUGAAGAUUAUUUGCUCCGUCAACGCCUGGCUAUGCGACGUCUGGAAGAAGCACUUUCGUGCCAACAACGUGAACGUGACGACACCAAUUUCUCGCAACAGUGCAUUUUCUGUCGCUACACUGCAAAAGGAAACCGCAGCAAGAUCAUUCAUCAUCUUUACAUGAUUCAUCAUCUUAACCUUGGCUCACCUGACAACUUGGUGUUUGUUAAUGAGUAUAUUGCUCAUCUCAAAGAAAAACUUGAUCGCCAGGAGUGCAUUUAUUGUGAGAAAACCUUUGCGGAUAGGAACACUUUGAUGGACCAUAUGCGCAAGAGGAAUCAUAGAGAGGUGAACCCGAAGAAUCACUACUACGAUAAGUUCUACAUCAUCAACUAUCUCGAGCUCGGAAAACGCUGGUUGGAUGUGUUGGGAGAGGAUUUCGAGGAUACAACAACAGCUUUCCAGGAGAGCGAUGAAGAACUUGAAGAAGAAUCAUGGUGUGAAUGGCAAGAAGACAAUGUGGACCUUGAUGAGACGCGUGUUGUAUGUUUGCUUUGUGAUGAAUCGACUGAACGUGGCGAUCUUCUUAUUGAGCACAUGCAGGAAAAGCAUGGAUUUGAUCUUCUUAAGUUGAUCAAGGACAACAAAUUGGAUACUUAUGAGCGUAUGAAGUUGAUUAACUACGUUCGAAAGCAGAAUUUCAAUGCCAUUUGCUGGCGCUGUGGUAAAUCUGAUAAUGGAAAUCUUAUCGGACUUUACAAACACAUGGAAGAAGUUGAAAAGCCAAUCAAGGAAUUGCCUGAUCGUUCGCGCUGGGAUCUAGACGAGUUUUUGGUUCCAAUCUUUGGCAACGAUCAUUUCUUAUGGAUGCUUGAAGGACUUUUGGAGGAUAAAGAGGAGAAGGGCCAGACUUCAGACGAUGAAGAGCUCGAUCGUACUGAUCGCAAGAAAUUCUUGGAGUCAUUGGUCAAGAAAAGUCAGCGAAACACUGUUGCAUCGGUAAUUGCUGAGGAUCUUCCUACUCUCGAAGAAGUGCCCGAUCUUGAAGAACUUCUC